AAAAGACCUGUGAAGUGAUUCUUAACGAAGCAAACAACUGGGGUUGGGAAGAGACGAGCAGAGAAUCAUGUCAUCGUUCGCCGGUUCAUUUGGUGACGAGUCUCGGCUCACCGGCUCCACUAGUCCCUUCGACGAUGAUGGAUACAUCGGCUAUGAGCCUCGCUUAAAUUCUCAGCGGUUCGAGUCUUACAGCAAAUUCGAUACUGACUCUGUCAAGGACUCGGCCGUUGAGUCGUCGCCGAUCUUCACCUCUCAUGCAUAUACCGGUGGCGAUGACAUGUACUCAUCUCAUCCAGUGAGAGAGAGUCCUCCGUCGAUCUAUUCUGGUGGUGCUGGUGGAGGAUUCUCUAUUGCUUUCUCUCCGGAGCAGAAUGGCGGCCAAGGAUUUAAUGGUCCGAUCUUGCCACCACCAGCAGGGAUGCAGGCAGAGGAAGGAUUUGCAUUGAGAGAGUGGCAUAGGCUGAAUGCGAUUAGACUAGAAGAGAAAGAGAAGGAAGAGAAACAGAUGUUGCAGCAGAUAAUAGAGGAAGCGGAGGAGUAUAAAAGGGAAUUCUAUCGGAAGCGCCAAUUGACUAUUGAGAAGAACAAAGCCUCCAAUAGGGAGAAGGAGGAGCUGUUCUUGGCAAACCGGGAAAAGUUCCAUGCCGAAGCUGAGAAGAAUUACUGGAAAGCAAUUGCGGAGCUCAUUCCACAUGAAGUACCAGCCAUGGAGAAAAGAGGAAAGAAAGAUCAAGAGAACAAGAAGCCAUCUAUUGUUGUGAUCGAGGGACCCAAGCCUGGAAAGCCAACUGACUUGUCAAGAAUGCGUCAAAUCCUUCUCAAGCUUAAACAUAACCCUCCUCCUCACAUGAAGCCCAAACCACCACCACCACCAGCAGAGCUGAAAAAAGACGCUAAGGACGCAUCCCCUGCCCCCACUGCCACGCCAAAUGUUGCUUCUGCUAAGGCUACAACAACUGCAGCUCCAGCAAUUCCCGUCUCAAUAGCAGCUGCUUGAAAAGCAAAGCUGCUAGAUGUUAAAAAUAUGCAUAUGAAAGUAAAUUUAGUAGUGAGUUUGUAAAGUUUAGUAUAAUCUUAAAACUUGUAUUGCUUCUUACAGUAUUUGGAAGCUGGCAUGGUUGGCACCUGGCAGUUUUCUGUGUUGGAACGUUUUUAUGGUUUGUGUCAAUUUUGUUGGCUUAAGGUUUGGUGUGAUAUAUUUCAUGUGAAUUUUGCCUUUUCCUAUCAAUAUUUCUCUUGUACACGUAUUUUGCUUUGAACUCCUAUUUUAAUGGUACAGGCAGCUCUGUUUUACCA